AUGGAUCAUAUACCACUUCCACAGGCGCCGAAUUCCGAUCACCUUGAAGUUCCACUCUACGAAUAUGACCCUUAUCCAUAUAUCUACAGUGGUCCUUGGGUCUCAUACCCGGAGCGAUGUGGAUGGGAUUAUUCGGAAUUUUACGGUAUGCACGCAGAGACCUUUCCAAAUAGCGUGAGAGGUCUUUUGGCUGCCUUUGUGCAGUCAUGGCUCUUCUUCGGCGUUUUGGACGAGUUUCUCGGCGUUCCUUGUCCUGUCCCGGAUUGGACUGCUGUGUCCAAGGAUGGCCGACCGAUCAUUACCACCGCACAUCUAUUUGCUAAACUCGAGGAAUGGCACCACGGGAUAGCGUCUCGUGACGAAGCAGAGCAAAUCGAGGUGCGCAACCGGAUCGAUCACCUUCUGGACCGGAUGCGCUACUUCCACCACAUGCUGAUGACCUCCUUGACAGAUUUCAAUACCUAUUCAAACCUCCUUCCAGAGCCUCUAAAUCUAUCCCUGGACGUGUUGCAUGCCACCCUCGUUAUUGCCCGCAACGCAGUCUUUGCUCAAGCUACUCUAUCUUUCCCACAUUAUCAUCAUGCGGAUGUGAUCAAGCACACGCUUCUACAAAAUGGCUGGUGUCCGAGCGACAUAUUUCGUGUCUACCAAGACGCUACGGUUCUCGGUAGAUAUUAUGUCUCGCGGCUGGGCCCUUUGAACAACAUUACAAGCCAUCCGCAGUGUACGGAAGACGCUUGUCGUAGUUGUCAAAUCGAUCGACAGGCCUACCAGACCAAGCACGUUUCCGCUGGUUGCGACUGUGACAUGAUAUGUGUCUCGACAGAUGCGGUCGCCGAGAUACUCCGUGAGGGAUCAAUUCCCACUAUUCGCUUGAACAACGGGAUGAACGCCAUUGAGCUCGAGCAGGUAGGGUCAUGUUCGCCAACCAAUUUUACGGCUAUUUCUCAUGUGUGGAGUGACGGUCUCGGAAAUCUCCAUUCGAACGGGUUGCCGACUUGCCAGCUUAAGAGGAUCCAGAAGCAAGUCAAUGAUCUUCAACCGUUCAGGCAGCCAGAUUCGUCGGCCCUGACGAAUCGCAAUUUCUGGAUCGAUACAAUAUGUGUCCCUACUGGAAGUGACUUUGAGGCCGAGCGCAGCCUAGCUAUAGCGAAGAUGGUAAAGGUCUAUCGUCUUGCCAAAGAUGUCCUGAUCCUCAGUUCGGAAUUACACGAGAUUGAUUCUUGUCGGGGCCCAUGGGAAUUAUCCGCCAGAAUUAACCGGACCGCGUGGUUCAGGCGCCUCUGGACGUUGCAUGAGGGGAUCUUGUCUAAAAGGUCGAUUUUCCAGCUGCGCGAUGGCGCUGUCGAGCUUUCUUCCCUUGCAGUCGAGGUAGAGACGGACCCGGACUCUGAUUCAAACAUCUACCAGGCAUUCCUUCGCGCCAUCUUCCGGGAGACUUGCAUGCCGUUCACAAAGAUGGAGGCAUUCAAGUCAAUGACAUCUCACGAUCGGAUUCAAGCCAUAUGGUCGGCUGUCCAGUGGCGGACAACCAGUUACCUAGACGAUGAAACAAUAUGCUUGGCGAACAUGCUUGAUCUGGACCUGUCUACGAUCCUUGCGAUCAGCCGCCAUGACCCCGAGGCAUGUGAAAAGCGCAUGAAGGCUUUCAUCUUGUUGCAAAGAUACUUCCCACGAGAUUCCGUCUUUGAAUCGUCUCAUAGACUCGAUCUGAGCAGUGUCCCGAACCUGACGGCGCAAGGAUUUAGAUGGGCCCCCAAAUCGUUCGUGUUCCGCUCUACCAGUAUUGACCCAGCUACAACUCCGACGCCUCUGGUGGAGGCUGACUCGGCUGGACUUCAUCUUUCGCUCCCCAGCUUCAACCCUGCGUGCUCAUGGGCAGAGGUCAUGGAGCAUAUCGCAAUAUCCAAAAGCGAGGGCAUUGCCGAUGCGGCGAGUAUCAAAUUCAUGCUCCCUCUUGACUGGGACUACUACUAUGAUAUUAGUUGGCUGCCGGAGGAUACGAAAUGGGAGAUCAACGACACGCUUCUGGGAAGCACUAUCCCUGCAGUUGCCCUGCGUGAUGACAUUAUUUCUGUUACGAAGGAAGGCCAGGACCGUGUCCCCCGAAGGCCGUCGCAACGGAUGUUCGAGCUUGACUCUCAGAGAGAAGGGAUCUCGAACUCCUACGACCUUGACCGUUUCGAUGGGGCUAGCUCAGAGGCGCUUUUACUGGCGGUCUCUGCCCGACAUGCAAUGACCCAGGAAAGGAUAAAUGGAGCCGAGCCAGAGUACCGUGCAAGCAUAGUCGCACGGGUUCAUGUCCGCAAGAGGAUGUUCUCGACGUAUCGAAGGCCUGCAUCGGACCAGGUGAAAAUACUCAGCACCGACGCAGACACGGGUAGGCCAAUCCCUAUAUUUGGAGUCUGGCCGGCGCAAACUCGAUGGUGCAUUGGAUGA